CGUGGUUUUGUUGUUGUCUGAUAUUUUACGCGCCUGGACUCUCGGAGAAGAUCUGUGAUCUGUCCGGUUUCUAAACCCUCUGCGCCAAAUCCAGCCUACAGUCACGGAGACAAGGCCAGCCUGCAGCACACAUCUGCUUCUCCUGAGUCUCCUAUACCAUGAGCUCUGGCUCAGUCCAGGAUGUGGCAGUCGAGCAUUUCCUGCGUGACAUAGAGAGGCGAAGCAGGCGGCUACACUUCGCUGUGAUAGGCUGCGAGGAGGAGCGGUCCUGCAGCGACAUGAACCUGCUGUAUCGCAAGAGCCGUUUGGACUGGAGGCAGAGAGACCACGAGGGAAGUAAAAAGAGCUCCACUCAAAACGACCCCUCAGCUACUGUUGGCAAAGUCAGAGACUUGGCGUCUUUUCGACGACACUUCCGAAUGGGUUUUAUGACCAUGCCCGCCUCGCAGGACCUGUCCCCUCACACUUGUGCCUCUGCCAUGGCGCCUCGCUCACAGUCCUGCCACGCUGUUGGAGCCGGUGACUCAAGUCUCGAGAAUGAAGAUUACUCUGAGACUCAGUCCCAACAUGGCGGCCGCUGCCCACCAGCCAAACCCAAACGUCAUCCAAGUACCCGCCUCAGCUGCUCGUCUGCAGACAGCAGAGGACCUCCGGAGACACCCCCACCUCCUCCACCAAGUCACUCACAGGGCAAACACUCGGAGAAAAAAAAUUCCAUGAAGAAGUCUGACUCGGGGGAUUUGGGAUCUAAAAAGGUCCCCCCUCUAAAACCCAAGCGAAGUCCAAGCACCCAGCUCACAUUUGACCCUCUUCCUCCACGUGUGCCUACUUCUGCCAUGUCCUUGCCAUUCCAGGCGACAGACUCUCAGAUUCAUACUCGAGAUGGGGACGAUGAGCCGGUCUACAUAGAAAUGGUUGGCCAGGUGUUCACCAGGGACAGCCAAACAGCCACACCUCACCCUGUCACCCCUGUGGCUACAACACCGGACUCAGAUUCAGACCAGAGCGAAGCCAUCUAUGAAGAGAUGAAAUACCCGCAGCAGGAAAACAGAGAAUCUCACAGACACUACCCUGCUAAACAUGAGAAAGUAAAAACCUCUAAACACUUCCAUGUCACCCCUUCCUCAUCCUGCAGCUCUUCUUCUCUGCCUCGCCCUGCCUCUUCUUCCCCUUCCUAUUCUAAACCUAAGGCUACUGUGUCCAUCUCCCACUCAUCUCCUCUGCCUUCCUCUGCAUCCUCAACCCCUGUGCCCCAACUUUCAACCAGUCCCCACACACCUCGAGCUCCUACUCCCUAUCUUCUCCAAGGAAACAAAUCAGAGUCAGAGUCCAACACCAAGAUCCCAGCCCCUUUCCCCAAUCUUUUGCAGCACCGGCCCCCACUUCUUGCCUUUCCUCAGCCUGCAGCUGCCUCUAGCGGAGUUGGGGUGCAGAACAAAACAUCCUCUUCCUCUAAAUCAGGAACUCAAACAUCCAACGCAACCACUCAAGCCAACAGCUCUGCUUCAGUCUCUUCAAAUGUUCAAACGUCCCUGUCAAGCUCCAAAGAGUCAUCAGGAGGAGGUUCAUCGCAGGAGGAAAAACACAGCAGAGACUCCCAGUUUGGGCCUGCUCCUGGUUUAAGAGCUAGGAGUCACUCUACUCCUCUACCUCCCUCCUCCAAAUCCACCUCCCCGUUCUCCCAACACCAUCACCACCCUCACCACCGGCCCUCCCACUACCAUCACUACCGCAAACCAGAAAGAGGAGACUCUCCUGCACCAACCAAGGGCAGCUCCCAGGCUUCCAGUCAGGCCACAGUACAAACACAGACUUCAAAUACAGGCAAGGAAGGCAAGUCUGUUAGCUUUCUCCUAAAGUCUGAUAAAGGAGAAAGGGAUAAGGAUAGGGACAGGGAAAGAGAGAGGGACAGGCCCAGAGAUCGGGACCGGGAGCGAGACAAAGAGAAGGACAAGGAUAGGGACAGAGAUAAAGACAGAGACAAAGAAAGGGACAGAGACAGGGAUAGGGACAGGGAUAGUGGGCCGCACUCUUUACCAAUUAACAGCACCACCACAAGCAAUCAAACAACUCAAAACAGCUCCAGCUCAACUCCCACGCCAUUAUCCUCAUCCCAGCGUCCUCAUUCCCGCCCACACCUCCGCUCUCACACUCCUCAUGGUUUACCAGCAUACAAACCUCCGUCUUCUGACAGCCCCCUGCUGUGGACCUACCCCUCCGGUGGUUUCCGGAGACCACCGGCUUAUGAGAGCUUGAGAGGGAGUUCUCAAACACCCUCACUGCAGCAGCCCUUAAGUCUCAACAGUGUAGGUGAGGGGUCAUCCAAGAGUAACGGAGGGUCUUCGUCCAUCCAGGCAAAAGCUGGCUUCAUGCCCUGGGACAGCAGUGUGAGCUUAGCUGCAGAUGACGGGUCUUACUGGCCUAUGCAGAGGAAGCUGUCCUUCAGCCACAGCAGCAAAGAAACUGAAAAAGAUGAAGGACGAGCCUGGAAUGGCAGUGCUGAUGCUCUGUUAAGAAUGGACAAGGAGGACCUCGGAAUAGGAUUUAGAGGAGGUCACUCAGGCAUCCCAGUUCACUUCAGUGGUACCAACAGCAGGGCUCUCGGUCACAGUGAGUCCUUGGCAGGUGUUGAUAGCAGCCAGGCGUUCCGAGCUCUCCCCAGAGCAGGGAUGCCCCUUCCCUGCCAGACGUUUCCUGCCUGUCGAAAUGGAGAAGUGGGGCGGCUGGGUCGCUCUUCCUCUGCUGCUGGAGUCAGACAAGUGGGUGGAGGUGAUGUCCAGAGACAGAGUAGCCUACCAGCACGCGAAGCCUUGAACCAGCUGCACGGCCUGGCCCCGCCUCAAACUCCUUGCAGCCCCAGCAUAUCCAGCAUCUCUCGGCAGCAGCAGCAGCAGGUCCAGCUCCAGCAGCAGCAGCUGCAAUUAAAGCAGCAGCUCCAGCAGCUUCAGCAACAGCACCAUCUGCAGUUGCAGUUCCAACAGCUCGCCCAGCUGGCCCAGGGACAGCCUCCUGUCAGUGGGGGCCCCACCCCAUCCACAACACAGACACAGAGAGACGGCAAGCUGUUGGAAGUCAUUGAGCGUAAACGCUGCCUGUGCAAGGAGAUCAAGGCCCACAGGCGGCCUGACAAAAGCCUGUAUAAGCAGGACAGCAUGCCUAUCCUCCCCAGUUGGAGACGGACACCUGAGCCUCGAAAGACUGGCACACCACCCUGCCAGAGGCCACAAGCCGUCGUGUGGGACACGGCUAUUUGAGGUGGAGAGAUAGGCCGGUCCACAGAACACACAGAAGACAACUACAUAAAAAACAGAAACAGAUGGCAACGGGAGAAUUUGAAAGAAGGAAAAGAAAGAAGAGAGCAUUUCUUGCUUUUGCUCUUGGGUUUUAGACAGAGCUGGAAAUCCAAAUUAAGAGAAUCCUUGAACUUCUUUGUAUAAAAAAAUCUAAAACUUAAGAAAAAGAAGAUUACAAUCAGACAAAAACAAUUACUUACCCGGAUGUUAUGUAAUUGAUCCACACUAUAUGAACAUGUUCUAAAAUUGCCAAUUAUUUCUGCUACAAACCACACCAACAGACGGAAAACAACCUGAUGGCUAGUUUUCCGAAUCUGGUGUUGCCAAAUUUUCUCCUGACUACUUGAGACAUUCUGAAUUUGUGUUUUUUCUUGAAUUCAAACUACCCAGUGGAUGAGAAAAAGCAAGACUCAUAGAUAAGUUACUGAAGUGUUUCUUGAACUUGUGAAUGUAUAUCUGAUGUUUUUGGUAUCACUAGAUUGUCCUUGUGGAUGCAAAUAAUCAUGACUGAGAAAGCUACCUGCUGUAACCGUUUGCAUAUUUGUAUGUAAAUCUAUUAUACUUUCUCAACAUUUCUGCAAUUUUAUAGCAAUAUACUCCCGAAGCCGGAGCAACGUACUUUAAACUUGUGUCCACUAGCCUAAACAAACAUAUCUAAGACUUCAAUAAGUCAUGUAUUACUGUGUCAUCCUCUGCAUGUCAUGAUAGACAUAAAAGAAAAGUAGAGAUGAUCUUGUCAGACUUUUACACACAGCCGAUCUUCAGUAUGAUAACUUGUGGUUGUAAAAAAAGAACGUAGAGAGUGGGACACGCGGUGCAGUCCAGCAGAACAGAAAAUCCACAUCGCUGGUAGUAAAACAUCAACCCUCAUGCUUAUACAGUUGCAAUUUUUACUGAUUGUUCCAUCCACACAGGGAAACCAAGCACGGACACCCAUCAAGUUAGACUGUGCAAUAUGGUGCAACUUUUGAGACUGUGAGCAGCCAUCACCUCAAACAGAAUGCUGGAACAAUCUGCACAAAACAUCCAAGGUGAUACUCAACUCUUAUGUAUUGUAAAUAAACCUGUACAGCUGUAUUGAAAAUGUAGCAAUUAUUUCCAUUUUCAUACUUGUAAUCAGUACAUAUUAUGUAGCAUAUACUGUAAAAAACAUUAACUUUGUUCACUUGUUUUUAUUCCUAAAGGAUACUUUAUCUGCUGCAGCCAGCCCAUGAAUUACUUAUAUGAACAAACAAUGAGCCCACUGAGAAGGGCACAGGCCAACAGUUGUUGAUUCAAAUUUAUGCAAUAUUCCCUUUAAGCUCUGUUAUUUAUCUAAGGCCUUUUUUUGGUUUUGUUUGUGUACAGAUUUCCACAGCUUUCUGUCAUUUUGGAGAACUUUGCUGCAACCUUGACUUACAUUUUUUCAUCUUUCAGCCACAUUUUAUUACCACGAUAAACAUUAUUUUUAUAGCACUUUUCCCCUCCCUGAAAUGAAGUAUGUUUACCUUGAAAACGUAGCCCUCCUGUUAAGAGUAUUAGGGCUCUUGAAUGUCUCUUGGUUGUUGUCGUUAGUUAGUGCCAACCUGUGCUGAACAGAACACCUGGUGAAAGAAAGUCACUGCUUGACCCUUUUUUCUUUUUGGCUCCACCUGCUCCACCUUUGAUGCUUUUUCACCUCUGACUGAGUCCACUUUAAAAAUCCAACUCAGGUCAGCUUGUGAGAAUGAGGAGCAGGUCCAAAUGCAUGCAGAUUCCUUACACUGCAAUGACUCUUAAUAUUGUGCCCAAAUAUAAUUCAAGUAAAGCCCUUUUGAGUCAUUUUCACGGACUAAUGAGAAAUCCAACUGUCAGUUCUGAAAUAAUUAAAAAGGCUGUUGGUUUUGUGUGUCUUCUAAAACAGUGGCCAUUAUAUGAGUGCCAUACUAUAUUGAUAUGGUAUACGGUGUACCUUGGAAAUCACUGUAGUGCUAUAUUUGCAUUGAUAUUGUCAUUGAUAAUAAAUUUUAUAUAAUGAACUUUA